GCAAUGGCCCCAAGCAGGAAGAUGCUGUAUUUUGUCUUUGUCUUUUUCUUCAUUUUGGCUCAAUGUCCAUCAGGGUCCCGGGCAGGACUUGAGUAUUCCCAGCCAUUCCCUGGAGGUGAGUUUGCUGCUUGUGAGCCAUGCAGGCUGGGGCGGGGCAAGUGCAGGAAGAUGUGCACUGAGGAUGAGAAGGUGGUCGGAAGUUGCAAGCUGAACUUCUUCUGCUGCCGACGGAGGAUCGACCUCUUUUCCAUCAUCCUUGAUCAACGCCAGCUGGUCAUCCCCCCGAUCUUCAUCUUCAUCAUCAUCAUCAUCCGGUAG